AUGGCUACGACCACCCCCAACCUUGUACUUGGCAUGUCCUCUGUUGGAGAUACAUCUACCAAGUCCACAGCGCGCUUCGACGCGCCUGAACAAGUCAAGGACCUCCUCGAUGCGUUUGCAGCCAGGGGCUACGACCAUCUCGACACGUCGCGCAUGUACGGCGCGUCCGAGGACCGCAUGGGCGCGGUAUCAGCGGGCGAUCGGUUUACCAUUGAUACAAAGAUCACGUCCAUGAUCCCCGGCGCCCACACCCGCGACAAGGUCCUCCAGGAGAUCGACGCCUCACUAGAGAGUCUCAGGAUCCGCACGAUCAAUAACGAGUACCUCCACGUCCCCGAUCGGGACACAGAUCCUCUUGAAGCAUGCGAGGCGAUGGAUAAGGCUUUCAAGGAAGGCAAGAUUAAGCACUGGGGCCUGUCCAACUACACCGCGGACGAGGUGGAGAAUUUCGUGAGGUUGUGCGAGCAGCAUGGCUACGUGAAGCCCAGCGUGUACCAGGGACAGUACAACGCGGCUGUCCGGAGCAACGAGGAGAAGCUGUUCCCCGUGCUAAGAAAGCACGGCAUGGCUUUUUAUGCAUUUAGUCCGGCGGCUGGGGGGCUGUUUGCUCGCAAUUAUCGAAACGUUCGGCCAGGAAGCCGCUUUGACCCAUCGCAUGGCCUUGGGGCUCUCUAUGCGGGGUUUUACUUGCACCCUUGCAUCUUGGAUGCGGUUGAUGAAGCUGCGGCGAUGGCGUCCAAGCAUGGAAUCAGCGGACACGCGGCAUCACUGCGCUGGACGGCGCAUCAUAGUGCCCUGUCCAAGGCUCAUGGGGACUCUGUCAUCAUCGGCGUCUCCAGCAUGGAGCAGCUGCAUUCAAACAUUGAUGCGAUUGAGGCAGGCCCGCUGCCAGAGGAGGUGGUGACGGCAUUUGAUGCCAUGUACAAGGCCACUGUGGAGGACAUGAUUGAUUUUGUCGUGGUCUCGCACCCAGGCCGACCUGCCACGGCCAAAACGAAGCGCCAGGCGCACUCCCAUGCGGCGCGGGCUGCGCACGCUCGUGCCCGGAACCUAGAGGUGAAAAGAUACACUCAGCAGCGGGAAACGGCUUCCAACGAAGCCAGUGAUGACAGGAGGUCGAGUAGCAACCGUCACGCCGUUCGCGGGCGACCUGGUGUAUCCGUACAUGUCCCUGCCGUCGUCACAGGUGCCUUUGAGCAUGAACCACUCCGCGAUUUCUUACAGUCAUUGACCCAAAAUGAGCACAAGCUCUUCCAUCACUACAUCACCAUAGUCUUUCCUGGUAUGAACGCCAGCUGCCCCGUACUGGCACAGCUAUCCUCCGGAGCGCGGAAUCUAGCAGAGAAUUGGCUGCUACUCUCGUCGACAAGCACAAUGUUCCUGAGAGGAUUCCUGCUGUCCGCUUGUCGGCAUCUGGCCAUGGCGUAUCCGGAGGCAGGGUACGAGCACGUUGCUCAGCAAUAUAAAUGGACGUACAUUCGAGCACUUCAGCAGGAGUUGGCUGUCGGCAACGGCCUUGUUUCUGUCGCCACGGCUACGCUUGCCAUGGUCCUCGUCUUUGACGAUGUAUGUUGA